AUGGGUCACCAGCUGCUCUACUGGAGUCAUCCAAGAAAAUCUGGCCAGGGUUCUCAUUCUUGCCAAGUCUGCUCACCUCAGCGUGGUCUGAUCUGGAAAUACGGCCUCAGUAUGUGUCACCAGUGUUUCCGUCACUACGCGAAGGAUAUAAGCUUCAAUAAGUUGGACUAA